CAAAUGUUUCUUUCUGAACAAGUGUGUGAGAGUGUAGGAAAAUGGCUAAGGCAAAUAUUUCAGUAAAUCAGGAUCAGUUCAGCUGUGCAGUGUGUCUGAACCCUUUAAGGGAUCCAGUGACUACCCCCCGUGGCCACAAUUUCGGUAAGGUGUGUAGUAAUUACUUCGGGAAUUGCAAGGAUCAAAGGAGAGUCUACAGCUGCCCCAAGCAUAGAGAAACUUUCACUUCUAGACCUGUUCAACGCAGGCUGGCUGAAGUGGUGGAAAAGCUGAAGAAGUCUAAACUCGAAGCUGCUUCUAGGGCUCACUGUUACGCUGGACCUGGAGAUGUGGAGUGUGAUUCCUGCACUGGAAGAAAACGCAAAGCUGCCAAUUCCUGUCUGGUGUGCAGGACCUCCUAUUGUGAAGAUCAUCUUCAACCUCACUAUCAGUCUCCUGCUUUUAAAAAGCACAAGUUAAUAGAACCUUGUGCAAAGCUUCAAGAGAAGAUCUGCUCUCAGCAUGACAAACUGACUGAGAUCUACUGUCGUACUGACCAGAGCUUCAUCUGUUACUUGUGUACGAUAGACGACCAUAAAGGUCAUGAUACUGUUUCAACUAAAGCGGAAAGGACUGAAAAACAGAAUAAACUAAAGCAGGAGCAGACGAAAUCCCAACAGAGGAUCCAGGAGAAGCAGAAUAAGGUGCAGGAGCUGAAAAAGACUGUGGACACUAUUAAGAUGCGUUCACAGGCAGCAGUAGACGACAAUGAGAGGAUCUUUACUGAGCUGAUCAGCCUUAUGGAGAAAAAGCGCUCGGAGGUGACGGAGCUGAUCAGAGCUCAGGAGAAAGCUGAACUGAGUCGAGCUGAACGACUCCUGACGCAACUGGAGCAGGAGAUUGCUGAUCUUAAGAGGAGAGUCACUGAGCUGGAGCAGCUUUCACACACACACGAUGACAUCCACUUCCUCCAGAGUUUCCCGUCUCUCUGUGUUUCUCCUGGAUGUGAGGACUCACUGUACACUGUCAAUCUACAUCACACAUUUGAUGGAGUGAAGAAAUCUCUCUCAGAUCUGAAAAAACGAGUCGGGGAAAUAUGUGAGGAGGAAUUUAACAUAAUCCAUCCACAAGUUGCAGCAUUUCAGAUAUUACAGCCAAAAAACAGAGAGGAGUUUCUGCAGUAUUUCUGUUAUCUGACUCUGGAUCCCACCACAGCACAUCAUCAACUCAUUCUGUCUGAGAAGAACAGAUCAGUGACACGCAGUGAAACACACCAGCAAUACUCUGAUCAACCAGAGAGAUUUAACUACUGGGAACAGGUGUUGUGUAAGGAGAGUGUGUGUGGACGCUGUUACUGGGAGGUGGAGUGGAGCGGGGUUGUAUCCAUAUCAGUUGCAUAUAAAGAGAUCAGCAGGAAAGGAACGGGUCAUGAGUGUUUGCUUGGAUUCAACAGUCAGUCUUGGACUCUGCUGUGUUCGUCUUCCUUUGUCUGUUUCUGGCACAACAAAAUCAAAACCGAUAUCCAAGGUCCAAUGACCUCUAGAAUAGGAGUGUAUGUGGAUCACAACGCAGGAACUCUGUCCUUCUACAGUAUCUGUGACACAAUGAGGCUCCUCCACAGAGUCCACACCACAUUCACUCAGCCUCUGUACGCUGGGUUCUGUAUGGCUAAAAACUCAUCUGUAAGGUUAUGUGACACAAAUGUAUUGUAAUAAAGAUGUGUCAAGGCUUGUGCCUGUGAUGGGCUCAACCUGUUCUCGCUCCUUGCUCACUCCAUAGUCUCCCUACGUAGAUGGCCACCCCUUCUGCAGGUGCGCAAAGAGGGCGAACGGGGCCGCUAGGUCGGCCGGCUGGCGAUAAUCAACAUCAAUAGACUCGAGCUUUCUCCAUUGUACAAAAGCGAAGCGCGGAGUUUAGUCAGGUAACACCGUAAGAAGUCACACGGUGGAGUAUAAGAGAGUGGUACUAGAGAGGAGCGAUGUUACAUGCCCCAGAAACUUUUAAGGCAAGACCAGAAUGCUUUCCCCUUCGAUCUCCGCGAGAGGACGGCUAUUGGAUAAUAGCUGCUCGAGCUCCCGAGGCACCUCCCGCACAGAACCUGCUUUCGUAUCCCCACUGCCAAAAGGAAAAGGCCGGUCUUGGCUCGUGUCAGCGGAAGAGGUCAUCAUCAUGAGUUGUGCUGGAGCGCUACCUCCGAGUGCUCCACUCUGCCACUUUGCCCAGCACCGCCUUGUGCCAGCUGUGUGCCCGCAUGCCUGUUGGGCACUGCCACCGGACCUGCAGGUGCACACCUUCACAUCCCUUUCCUUUUUCCCUUCCGCUUUCCUUUAAUCCUUUCCUUCCCCAUUUUCUUUUUAUAUAAAAUUACCCGUUUCGCCGUAAGACCUCGUCUUGUGUCCGUGUCUGUGGUGCCACCUGUUCACAAGGGUCGAAAACAUUACACAUGUCAUAGUCAUUUCCCCUUGAGCUGUGUGCACAAAUUGUAAUACAUUAUUAUUAUUAUCAUUAAAAAUAAUAAUAAUAAAAGAGGUAUUUAUGUGGAAUUGGAACUUGUGUAAAAUUUUUGGUGAAUGGAGGCAUAAAAGCGAUUGACAUUUUAAGAAGACUUCAACCACAGAACCGUAAUGAGACUCUUGUGCAAAGUAAAACAUUUGAACGGUGCAAAUGUAUUAAAGAUGGCCGUACUCCCAUGAAUAACAAUACCUGUUGAGGUGGCUUCGAGCCCCCUGUAGGUGUUUUCUGUAAACAAGCGAGUGGAAUGCCUAAUCCUGGAAAAUCAAUGGAUAACUUGUCAUGAACUUGCGAAAGAGAUCCAUCUGUGGGAACAGUACACACAAUAAUUUAUCAACACCACUUAAACAUUACAGGAGUCAUUUGCACAUCCCCCAUACAGUCCUGACCUCACUUUAAGUCGUUUCUACAUUUGCACCAUUAAAGGAGUUUCUGGGUGGCCAGCGUUUAAAAUGUAAAGCAGGCAGUCCGAUUAUAUCCCCAGCAUACUGAGAAAACUUUCUACCCUGAUGCUAUCAAGCGCUAGCAAAAUGCUGGGAUAAGUGCAUUAGUGUAGCAGGGGAGUAUAUGGAGAAAUAAAAGUAUUUAAUCUCAUGUUUUCUGUUAUUCUGCAAAAUCAAAAGCCUGCUUUGAAAUAAAUGCCUCUUUUGUUAUUAUUAUUAUUAUUAUUAUUAUUAUUAUUUUUACUGUCAGGUGUUUACAUACAUAUAUCAUUAACAUGAGUGACAUGGUGAUAUUGGCAAUUUUUCUUUAUGUAUUUUUAAAUUUGAAGCAUGUUUUGCAUUUUCUGAAAUUAACAUCAGGGCAAGAUUAUUCCCAUCUAACCUAACAUUAACUUACUAUUUAACAUUACUAUUUUUUUAACCAGUGUGGUUUGACAAGUUACUUUUACCUUUUUCGCACAUUCUCUUUCACUUUGCAAAGUUUUGAUCAAAGGUAGAUGAACAUGCGUGCGUGCCGAUAUAUAGAUUCAUACUGUAAGACAGAGACAGCACUUGUUAAAGUAGUAAAUGACACACAGUUAUAUGUCUUAGCAAAACUAGAUGAGAAAAACCAGCCUGCCAAAGUAGAGCAAUGCGUAAAGGAUAUAAGAGAUUGGAUGUUAAUUAAUUUCCUUCUGCUUAAUCCUGAUAAGACAUAUGACCGCAUGCAGCUGGAAGCAGGAUUUUAGAUCACAAUGUAACUUUAUAUGGCCUUUCUGUUCCAUUAAGUGCAACACUGAAAGACCUUGGUGUAACUAUUGAUUCCAGCCUCUUAUUUAAAGCACAUGUAGAUAAUAUUAGCAGGAUAGCAUUCUUUGACCUUAGAAAUAUUGCCAAGAUAAGAAAUAUAUUGUCGCUAAACGAUGCAGGGAAAUUAGUUUAUUCUUUUAUCACCUCUAGGUUGGACUAUUGUAACGCCUUACUGUCUGGUUGUUCAUCACCCCUAU